UAUUUAUUUUUGUGUGUGCGUGCUUGUAGGGACGGAGGGAAGAAACGGCUGGCUGGACUCUAGCAAAAAAAUUUAGAUUCUGAGUCAAUAUAUUUUAUCUGCGCGCGCUGUUUUAAAUUCAUAUGGGCCGUUGCUAAUUGAUUUUGAAUCAAUUAAAAUUGAAGUAUUUUUAAUGUCUUCUGAUUGUUAUUUUAAUCAUGGAAUGUUUAAAAUUAUUCCUAAAGUAGUUACUCUAUUUAUUGAGUGAUGUAUCGUGUUCAACAGAAAUGAUUUUUUGCGCUAUUAAAUUUGAAGAUAGUUGACAGAAGGUUGUUUGAUGAAAAAUGGCAAAAGCUGAAGUGAAUCAAUCAGUUUUUGCAUCAGAUUUGUCAAAUCUGCCUCAUUUAAAUGGACCUCUACCUCCUAAGCGAAGUAGGCUUUCUCUUAGAAGAACUACUCAGUUAUUGCAUAAGCCUUGCUAUAAAGAAGAUGAUAGCACUGAAGCUAAGAAUGAAUUACAAAAACAACAACGAGGGAGUGUUGAUAAAUCAAGUGUUGAAAUGAUUGACUUAACUCAGGAUGAAAAUACAUCACCAAACUGCAUAUCUUCUUUAGAAUUAAAGUCUGCCUCAUCUCAUGAUACUGAAGAAGAAAAUCAAGUCAAAGUGUGGACAUUAGGCUUGCCUAAUUGUGGAAAUACUUGUUUUGUAAAUAGCAUUUUACAAGUUUUAAGGUUUACUCCUGAUUUUUUAAAUUCACUUCAUUCCUUAUUACUAAUACAUCAUCAUUUGUCUAAGAUCUGCACUGAAGAUGUUGAAACAAAAGAACUAAUCUUCUUCAAACAAUUGCAUCUGUUAUAUAUAGCAAUGAAAAGGAAAGAAGCUUUGAUGAAAAUUAACACCGAAAAAGAUUAUUCCACUUUUUUACUGAAACCUGUCAAGUUAGUCAUCGAUAGUUUGAGGGAAGUUUCACUUUUAUUUGAAGAAGGUGAACAGCACGAUGCCCAUGAACUUUUACUUACUACCAUAGCUGCUUUUUCUACAGCAUGCCAAAGUUUAAAGAACUAUAUUAAGAAAGAAGCAGUUGACUUAUUUAUUAAAGAAUCCAGUCCUAUUCCAGAUUCCAAUAGCAAAUCUGAUAUUAAAAGUGUAUCCAGUCCUAAACCCGAUUUAAAAAAAGAGACAACAACUAACUAUGAUACUUCUGCAGGUCAGGAGUUAAAAAAUCAGACUUCAACUUCAAAGCGUCGCAGACCUAAAAUUGUUUCCUUAGACUACUCUGUGUUUGAAAAUUUAAAUUUAGGUUUCGAAGGUAGAAUUCGUCAUGUUGUUCAGUGUUUAGAAUGUGAGAAAAGACUUGAACGUGAAGAAAGUUUUGCUAAUUUAGAAUUAAAUAUUCCUGAGACAGUUGAUAAUGAAGAUGAUUCAGAUCCUGACUCUGAACCAAGAGAUUCAGAUACUGUUGAUUUGUGUGACUGCUUAUCUCAAACAACAAUUCUGUGUGGUGAAAACAAAUAUUUCUGUGAAGACUGUCAGCAUCAUAACGAAGCAAGAAUGAGUUCUGAAGUUAUAAAUCCACCUCCUAUACUUUUACUUCACUUCAGUUGGUCAAGGGCUAAAGAGAUCAGUAGUGCAGAAAAGUCGACAGUUAAAGUAAUGAUUCCAAUGACAUUAAAAACAUCUGAUAAUUCUGAGGUGUUUUGUUGUCCUGACCAAAAUUACAAAUUGUUUGCUAUAGUCCUGCACAUUGGACGCUCUACUGAGGGAGGCCAUUAUGUUUCUUUCAUCAAGGAUGUAUCUCAAGAGGAUGUACAGGAAGAUAGUGAUCAAAAACCAAUGAGGCCGAAGGUGAAACCUGCAAAUCAGUUCCCAUUUGAACCAGAAAAUUGUUGCUCAACCGAAGAAAUUUCUAAUUUUAGUAGGACUACUGCUUUGGCGAAAUGGUUGCUCUUUGAUGAUAGUGUUGUUUUAUCUGUUAUUAUUGAUGAAAACUCAGAAACUUUUCCAUAUUACAAUUACUUAAGUAUUACUGCAUCUCCAUGUAUGAUAUUUUAUCAUAAAACAUAAUCCUUGUUGUUCAUUUAUCGUACCUAACUUAUAACUUUGAACUUUCAGAAUUUAAAUUUUUGUAAUGUCCAUGAAUGCUUCUAUUGAGACUUUUAUUAUUUUA